AUGACAAGUACUGACUGGCCCAAGGUUCUUCCCCAGACAGAGCUUCCUUGGUAUCGAACAAAGCAUCUCGUUCUUCUUAACCUGAUGCUUCUUGUCCCCUUGCUCAGCUCCUCCGCUGCAUUCAUGGCAGGAUCUAUGAUGAACGGUCUCCAGACACUCCCGCAGUGGCGAAACUUCUUCAACAACCCUCCUCCUCCCCUCCUCGGCGCCAUCAACGCCGUCUACCCCGUCUGCAAGAUCCUCGGCUUGGUGCCAGCAAGUACCAUCUCAGACAAAUUUGGACGAAAGGUGCCCAUCUACAUUGGCCUUGUGUCGCUUGUAAUCGGGCCGGCUAUCCAAGCAGCGUCGAUCAAUCUUCCCAUGUUCAUCGUGUCGAGAGGUCUCAUAGGCUUCGCUACAGUUUUUCCUCAGGUCGCCUGUCCGAUUCUCGUUUCCGAGCUCUCCUACCCUACCCAUCGAGGCAAAAUGACUGCUUUGUACAAUACCUUCUUCUACUUUGGUGCUAUUGCAGCCGCUUGGAUCACCUAUGGAACUUUCAAGAUGCAGUCCACCUGGGCUUGGCGUUGUCCCUCAGCUUUGCAAGCAGCGAUUCCGUUUCUUCAGCUCAUGUUUAUCUAUUGGGUUCCCGAGUCUCCUCGAUGGCUCAUUGCGAAUGGUAAAAAAGACCAAGCCAUCGCGAUCCUCACCAAGCUACAUGCAGGCGGACAAGAAAACUCUCCACUUGUAGAGUUCGAAAUCACCGAAAUCGAGAAUGCCCUAGCGCUCGAACGAAGCCAAGAGUCAUCAGCAUCGUGGGUAACGCUCGUCAAAACGGCUCCUAUGCGCAGACGUACCCUCAUUGCAGCUAUCCUGGGCUUUUUCAGCCAGUGGAACGGUAUCGGCGUUGUCACCUAUUAUUUGUCUCUAGUCCUCAACACCAUCGGGAUCACGGCCGCCAAAGACCAGGUUCUGAUCAACGGCCUACUUCAGCUCUUCAACUUUGCCGCAGCUGUGUUUGCUGGUGCUCUGAUGGUUGACAGGUUUGGACGGCGAAGGCUCUUCCUAGUUGCUACAUCAGGGCUUUGCCUCAGCUACGUAGCUUGGACAGCACUCACGAGCUAUUUCAUUAGGAGCCACGACGAAGCAGCCGGUAGAACUGUGGUGGCAUUCAUCUUUAUCGCUUUUUUCUUCUACGAUGUGGCUUGGACACCACUUCCUCAAGCAUACACCAUCGAGAUCUUCCCUUUCUUGACUCGCAGCCGAGGUUUGACCACUGCACUCACGUCUUCGUACAUUGGCCUCAUUAGCGCUCAACUGAUUAACCCUGUUGGUUUGGCUGCUCUUGGUUGGAGGUAUUAUAUCGUUUUCUGCUGCAUCCUGGCUUGUCUUGUUGUGGUUAUCUAUUUCUUGUUCCCUGAGACUAAGGGCCGCAGCCUAGAACAGAUUACGGAGCUUUUUGAGGGCAGCAGUGUUAGUGUGGAUGCUGAGGAGAUUAUCAGCAAAGGAAAGGUUGGGGUUGUGUAUGAGAUUGAGACGCCAAACAAGCAUUUGGCAUUCAAUUCGCAGUCCAAUAUGUUUCAGACUCGUCUUGUUUCAAUUUCAACAUCGCGAACUUUCAUCAACUCGCAGCGCUCUUCAAAAUUGAUCCCCAAUCUACGACGCUUCUCUGCUUCUCCGUCUCAUCUCCAGCGCCUCCCAGUCCAGAUCUCCGGCCAAGGAAGCGGCACCAUCCAAAGCAUCUCUGUCAAAGACAAGCCGUACACAUUCUCAACCGACACCUACAAGGUCAUCGGCGGCCAGGACUCGCACCCCUCGCCCGUUGCCUACGCACUCGCUAGUCUCAGCUCGUGCAACCAGGUCACGGGCGCACUCGUGGCUAAGGAUCACGGGCUCACGCUGGGCAAAUGGCGCGUCUCAGUCGAGGGCCAGCUCCCCACUGCGGUGCUGGUUGGCGGUGAGCAGGGCAAUCCGAACUGGGAGAGCGUGGACUUGGAGGUGUAUGUACAGACCAGUGCAGAAGAUGCUGCGUUUGAACAUUUUGUUGCAGAGGUUGAACGGAGAUGCCCAAUCACGCAGCUUUUUAAACGCAGUGGUGUGGCGUAUAAGAGCAAGUGGAUUAAUGAGCCGCUCUGA